AUGAAUUCGCUUCCCUUGCGUCUGCAAAAGAUUUAUGCAGUACGGAGCAAAGAAACGGCGUACAUUUACGCAGUGACGUCAGCCGGCGUCGUCCACUCCGUCACCGCCGCCUGCGGGCUCGGUGAGCUCGCCGAGUGUUCCUGCGACGCCGAGCGGAACGGCGGCCGAACCACAGCCGAGGGCUGGAAAUGGGGCGGCUGUUCCGCCGAAAUCGGCUACGGACGCGAGUUCGGACGCCGUUUGGUCGACUCUCCGGACGAGGCCAAGAUCCGCGCCCCGGGGGUCAAACGCGGGAUCCGGCGCCGCGCCGCCAUGAACCUGCUCAACAACGAGGCCGGAAGAGUCGCCGUGGCGCAGCUCAUGAAGAACCAGUGUCGGUGUCACGGGAUCUCGGGAUCCUGCGAGCUCAAGACGUGCUGGCGGUCUUUGCCGCCCUUUCAGGAGGUCGGCGCCAGGCUCAAGGACCGCUACGAAAACUCCGUCGCCAUUUCACAGAUCAACGAGUUGCCAUUCAAAAGCCGAGGAAUUCGGAACAAGAAACGCCGCCGUCGCGGCAACACAAACCGGAAACACGCCGGACUCAAUUCGGCGUCCCUGCUGGCACUGUCGGACGCCCCCGCUGUCCGCAACAGCAGCAGCCGAGGCACCAUGUUGUCUCCAUUCUGGACAAAUACCAACAAAAACAACAACAACAAUAACGCUGAAAAUAUUGACGACAGCCGCAGCACCAGCAAACGCAGGCGGUCCUCGCAGCGGCGCCAGGUGGCGUCGCCGACGAGUCACCACGGCGCCAGUGAGAAUAAGUUGGGCAACGAGGUGCCAUUGAAGUUGCCCGGGAUGGGCGACAAGUUGGUGUACAUCCACGAGAGUCUCAAUUAUUGCGAGGGCGACAAGCGGCGCCAGAUCCCGAGCACUUCUGGGCGCCGGUGCUCGCGGGACUCCACCAAGGGCGACUCCUGCGACGUGCUUUGCUGCGGGCGAGGCUACAAUACACAGGUACAGUAA